UAUUCGCCUGUUUCAACGCCAGCGCAACGGACGCUUCGGCGCGUCGCCGUCAAACUCCCGUUUUAGCGAAAAAGAAAGGAAAAAAAAAAAUACAACAAUUUCUUGCGUGCGUGUGUGUUGACGCAUUGUUGUGGGCGUGUUGUGCACUUCCGUGUCGAAGCUCUUUUGCAUUUUACAACUGCGUGAGGGGCCAAAGGGGGACGUGCCCCUUACUUUACAGCUGUCCAAACGCUCGUUAGUUGACAACGUCGCGCAGUCGCCGCGCGGUUUGGAUUCUGUUUUUGUGUUUUUCUUUAUUGCUCUUGUUGUUGUUGUUGCUGUUGCUAUUGUUGCUAUUGUUGUCGGCCUGUUGCGGAUUUUCAUUACUGUUUUACAAUGGCCUCUUAGUCCGCGGCGCAAUAAGCAGGCAUCGGCAACGUCAAACGGCAUCGGCAACGGCUACGGCUACGGCUACGACAACUGCUUGACUUGGGGCAGUUUAAACAUGUGAAUAUAAAAGCAUAAUUGUUGUGUGACUGUGGCUUAAUACGCGACAGGAACUUAAGCGCGAAGGUUCCUCAAUCAAAGAACGCAUAAAUCACAUAACUAAAAUUAAUAAAAAAAUAAAAAUUAAAUUAGUUAACGGAAACACAAUUUCGAGUCUGUGCACAAAUAAAUAAUUUCCUCUUGCAAUUAUACGGGCAGUCAAAAAGGUUACUUCAAUCAUCUGGAGCAGACGUCAUUGUCUUAGCCUCAGCUCCAGGACUUGUCGAGCUGACUCUGGGACGGCUUUUCUGCUGACGUACCCAGCAAAAUGAAUGCCACCUCGCCAAAGUCGUCGCUGGUCAAACUGGGUCUGCAUACCAACAAACAGAAGACACUGAAGGUUAUGGUGCUCGGCCAGAGUGGGGUUGGUAAAACGGCGAUGGUCGUGCGUUUUAUAACGCGUCGCUUCAUUGGCGAAUACGAUCCGAAUUUGGAGAAAAUCUAUACCUGCCAGACAACGCUGGACAAGGAGUCGGUACAGUUUGACAUCCUGGAUGCCCACGGGCAGCUGCAUGAACUGGACGGCGUCACCCUGGAGUCGAAUAUACGCUGGGCCGAUGCAUUCAUUCUCGUUUACUCCAUCACAGACAAGUGCUCCUUCGAUGAGUGCAGCCGCCUCAAGUUCCUCAUCAACUACAACAAGCGACGACGCAAACUGGGCUCCGCCAGCAAGGAAUACGCCUUGGACAUCCCAGUCAUACUGGUGGGCAACAAGACAGAUCAGACUGGCGAUCGCAUGGUAAGUCUGGAGGAGGGACAACGUCGCUUCCGUGAGCUCUCCUGCGCCUGUUUCCAUGAGAUUUCUGUGAGAGAAAGCAUCGAUCAGGUGCAAAACGUAUUCCGUGAUGUGUUCCGCUUCUGGCGUGUAUUUAGUAAAUUUCCAAAGCUCAAACGUUCCACCAGCGAUGUGGCGCAUGAGGCCGACGGCAAUCUGACGCCCGAUUCCGGCUCCUGCUCCUUCUACGAUGCGACGCCGCUGGGCGUGGCCCGACGCUCGUUCCUGGUCAUUGGCAGCGCCUGCCAAGAGGAGAACAGCGCCGAUCACACCGAAUCCACCGACGAUAUAGCCAGCAACAGUCUGGACAGCUCACACAGCAAUAUCGACGCACCGUUCCGGAAUCGCGCCUCUACCGAUGGCACCCUGCUGUCCAGGCCCCGACGCUGGCGCUACCCGCCGCCCGGCUGCCUAAUGCCGCACACAAAUCGCGUCGAGCGUCGCAUGAGCAUCUCGACGAGAGGCAGCAAUGCCAGCUACUGAAACUCACUUAGUUAGUCCAAAUGUUGCGCCAAAUAUAUCUAUAGCUAAAUGUUGAAUAUAA